CUCUGACAUCACUACAGUUCAGUAACAGAGAAAGUGAAACUAACUUCAACAACUUCAACAAUCAUGGACGCCUGAAACGAUCAACCUCAGUAUAUUUAAACAACAGUAUAUUUAUUGAGCCGUUCAAAGAGCUUUGAGAACACAUCUGAUACUCACAGACUGCAGUUUCUAAAAAAAAAAAAAAAAAACAUGAAGAGAAGAAGAACAAAGGCAGAAUCUUCCUCAGAAGAUCCAGAAAAAAAACAAAAAUCCAGAAGUGGGAGUAAAGAUGUUUCUCCAUCGAAAACAUCAUCAUCCAGUGCUCCACUUUCUAAGGAGUUUCGGUGCUCUAUAUGUCUGGACAUAUUCACUGAUCCAGUCAGCACUCCAUGUGGACACAACUUCUGCAAGACCUGUCUGAAUAAGUGCUGGGACAACAGCCAGAGCUGCAACUGUCCAUAUUGUAAAGAAACAUUCAUGCACAGACCUGAUCUCAAGAUUAAUACCACACUCAGAGAGCUUGUAGAUCACUAUAAAAAGAAAAGACAUGAGAAAAAACCUGAAGUUUUGUGUGACGUUUGUGACGAAAGAAAGCUGAAAGCCCUGAAGUCGUGUCUGGUUUGUCAGAGCUCUUACUGUGCAACUCACCUGGACCCUCAUUUGAGAGUGGCAGGUUUAAAGAAACACAAAGUGAUGGAUCCCGUGAGUAAUCUGGAGGACUAUAUAUGUCAGAAACAUGAGAGACCUCUGGAGCUGUUCUGUAGAGAUGAUCAGAGAAUCGUGUGUCUGUUCUGUACUGACGAAGACCACAGAAACCACAACACUGUUUCUUUAGAAGAAACUCAGUUGAUGGUUCAAGACACGCAGCAGAUGAUCCAGGACAGAGUCAAGAAAAUUGAAGAGAUCAAACACUCAGCAGAAGUCAGAAAAAGAAACACAGAGAAGGAGAAAGCAGCCUGUGUUGAGCUCUUCACUGAUCUCAAGCGCUCCAUUGAGAGAUUUCACACUGAACUGCUGGAGAUGAUGGAGGAACAGCAGAAAGCAGCAAAGAAACAGGAGGAAGAGCUGAUUAAAGAGCUGGAGCAGGAGAUCACUGAGCUGAAGAUGAGAAACACUGAGCUGGAGCAGCUCUCACACACUGAAGAUCACCUCCACCUCCUACAGAUUUACUCAUCCCAGUGCAACCCUAGAAAAAACAGGAACUGGCCUGAGAUCAGUAUGAAGACUGAUGAGAGUCUGCAGACUCUGAGAGCUCUGAUUAAACUGAAGGACACUUUACAGGAGAAGCUCAUGCAAACUGAGCUGAAGAGGAUGCAGCAGUAUGCAGUGGAUGUGACUCUGGAUCCUGAUACAGCUCAUCCUAACCUCAUCCUGUCUGAUGAUGGAAAACAAGUGAGACAUGGAGACAUUAGACAGAAACUCCCAGACAAAAAAGAGAGAUUUGAAAUGUAUGAAAAUGUCCUGGGAAAGGAGGGAUUCUCCUCUGGGAAAUUUUAUUUUGAGGUGCAGGUGAAGGGAAAGACUGACUGGAUUUUAGGAGUGGCCAGAGAAUCCAUUAACAGGAAGUCAGUGAUCACAUUGAGUCCCAGUAAUGGGCACUGGUCAAUUCAGUGUAAUGGCAAUGUAUAUAGUGCCAGUGCUGAUCCUCCUGUCUCUCUGCAUCUGAAAGUGAAGCUGCAGCGGGUCGGGGUGUUUGUGGAUUAUGAGGAGCGUCUGGUCUCCUUUAAUGAUGUGGAGUCCAACUCUCAUAUCUAUUCUUUCACUGCUCAGUCUUUCUUUGGCAAACUCUAUCCAUUUUUUAGCCCAAGUCCAUUCAAUGGAGGUAAAAACUUAAUUCCACUGAUAAUCACACCAGUCAAUUAGGAAAUACUUGAUGAAAAUAAUGAUAAUAAUGAUUCUUGUAAUUAAUGUUUAAAACAUCAGAAAUGUAUGUAUUCUUACACAAAGUCAUAGGUACUUGGUUUACAUCAAAAUGAUUACAGUACCUGAAUAAAAUGUAUAUAUUUA